AUGGCGUCUACGCAGUUAACGGAUGAGGAGCUUUUCUCCGAAUUAAAGCGCUUAGGGUUCACCCCGGGCCCGGUAACCGAGAACACCCGGCCCGUGUACCUAAAGAAGCUGAAGAAGCUUCGAGAGGAGCAGCAGCAGCGGGGCUCCAGGGCCGGGAAGAGCCGCAGCGGGGCCGCCAUCAGCGGCUCCUCCGGCGGCGGCGGCUCGGCGGGAGCCAGCCGUGACGUCACGCAGCUCAUCUCCAACAGGAGAGCCGGCCGGAAGUCGUCCGUCCUCGGCUUCAGCUCCGACGAGUCCGACGCCGAAACUCCUCUGAAGAAGAAAGGCAGCCCCGGGUUUUCAGCUCCGGCCAGGACCCGGAUUAACGCCACUCACAGCCCGGCGAACAGCAGCAGGUCCUCCCCGGGGCCGGGCUGGAGAAUCCGCGGCAGAUCCAGGGGCCUCGGGGCCGAAGGGAGGGCUGAGGAGUCCGGGGAGGAGGAGGAGGACGAGGAGGAGGUGGGCCCGGAGAAGAACUGCCGCUCUGUGAACGGCUGCGGGGCUCACGGGAACCAGAUCACCGGGGAGUACUCGGACUCUGACGGGGACGAGCAGGGCUCAGGCCCGGGGGCCGGAGACCGACACCGGGACCGACUGGAGCCCAGACCCAGCUAUUCCAGAGCCGGCAGAGGGGCUCAGACAGGCGGGUCCAGGGACCAGGACCAGCCGGAGGGUCUGACCAUGCUGGGUGGCCGGGGGGAGGAGGGGGACGCGGACCCUCCAGGAUCCUUCAGGACUCACAUCUCCCCACGGAAGUCCAUCUAUGUGUCCCUAAACCAGAACCACAGAGGAGGGGAGUCCGGGAAGAACCACCACCACAUGUCCGGGGACCCUGGGGCCUCUGGCCGCUUUAGCAUCGGGCUCAGACCCCGGUUCUCCUCCUACAGCAGCCUGUCUCACAUGCCCUGGACCAACCACUCGAACCACACCGGGUCCUCCCGAACCCUCUGUCCGGCCUCCAAAACGUCCCCCCCACCACCCGGACCGGAGGACGAGCUGCUGCAGCAGUUCCGGCGGGAGGAGGCGGCGUCCUCCGGGUCCUUCAGCGCCCACUACCUGUCCAUGAUCCUGCUCACCGCGGCCUGCCUCUUCUUCCUCCUGCUGGGUCUCAUGUACCUGAGGAUGAGGGGCUCCGGGACCCCCGAGGACACAGCCAGUGAGUACCUGAGCCCACCUGUGAGGGUCUGGGCUGUAGUUGGAGGUGGUGGGGGUGUGAUGCUGCGUAGGACUGGGCGAUUUGGCAAAAGAAAAAAGAUCACGAUAUAUUUGAUCGUAUCGUCCGAUCUCAAUUAUUAUCCCGAUAUUUUUUUUAACGGCCAGUAUUAAAGCAUCUGUACUGAAAACUAAAGAAACUAGCGAUUAGUUCAACAUUUUAUUAACAUACAAAGUAAAUAAAGCAAAUUAAAUGAGACAAAUAUAAAUAAUAUAUACAAAUCAUUUUAACUCAACAGUACAACAAAAGUAGAUAGAUACUAAAGAAUAUAGUGAACUAGUUUACGGUCCUGAGUGUUUUUCGCAGGUAUGUAGAUCCAAAAUAAACAAACCGCCCCCUCAGGAAUAAUGAAAACACAUCAAAAUGUAAACAUUAGAUGAUGUAAACGUAGAUGAUACGAUUGAUUACUUUGGUCUGGUGGCUGCACCGCUAGUUGUCGCUUAACUGUUAAUGCUACUCAUGCCGUCAGCAGUGGCAGGCUGUACAGACUCCGCCCACAUUGUCAUACUUUCCCCAAAAUCACUCGGGAAGAACUUCUUCAAAACAGAUUUGUUGUGUUGACGAUUUAUAAGGGCACUGACCGCCGACAUACCUUACACAUCGGCUUAACUGCUUGACGUCACUUUGGAGAUACCCGAACCACCGCCACGCAACCGACGCUGAAUAACUUCUCAACAAUAACAUCUUCGGAGGAUGACUCAAAGUCACGGCUGACAUCUAUUUUGUUACCCUCAGCUCCACGUUCAGUCAUUCUGUUAACUUCUCCGUGAAAUUACAGAAGUGAGCAGGAAAAGCUCGACUCUGAUUGGCUGUUGUGACAUGUUCCGCUAUGUUUGAUCGAGUAAAUAUGCUCACAGCUGAUCACUGAUAUCAAACUGAAAUUUAUCAGGAUCAUUGCUCACAAUCACAUAAUCGCCCAGUCCUAGGGCUGGGCGAUAAAACGAUAACGAUAUAUUGAAAAUUAGUUUCCCUCAAUAUCGAUAUAAAACACGAUCAAUAUGCUUUUCAAUUGUUGUCAUUCUUCCAUGUUUUGGUCGACUAUACGAAUAGCCAAUGAAAAGAGGAGUUGCUCCAGGUCACACCGCACUGAACCAAUUGUGCUGAAUUAGAACAAAGUAUCAAACAACUGCGUCGUAGCAGACAGCAGCUACACCCAACCAUAGCACUUUAACAGGUGAAGCCGACAGCACUGUCGGUGAGAGCCUGUGCAGCCGAAACAGCUGACCAUUCUGCUUUCUCCAACGCAACGCCUUACGACAAAAAAAAUCAAAGAGACACAAAGACCUCACAGAUGCAGGAGAUAAUCGGAAAAGACAAGCGACCAAUAAACACUGUUAGAUUUGAUUUAAGAGUAACAGGGAACAUUUAGAUUAGAUUCAACUUUAUUGUCAUUACACUUGUAUACACAUAUAUAUACACACACAUAAGUAAAAGACGGUAUGAAGUGUUCUUGUCAAUAUUUACAUUAAUCACAAUAUAUUACAUUUAACUAAGUGCCAUCAGCGUGCUUCAACGGGCUGAGAGUUCCAGGGUCUAAAAUCACCGAGUCCUCAGUCACACCCUCCUGUCCUCAUCUGUGUUUUAAGAAAGUGAGGCUCCUGUCCACACCUGUCCUCCUCUCAGUACAGCCAAAGCAGCAGACACACUUGGACUCUCAGAUGUGCGGACUUUAAAAGGUCAAUGAUAAUAAAGAUAAGAGAGUUUCAUAUUAAAAUCCACUCUGCAUGCUGAGCCUCACAGGUGUGAAUAAUUUUACAGGUGUAAUAAACAUAAACACACACCUGCUGCAGAUCAAACCUGGACGUUCCAACUAACUUUAAACUUUGAACAAACUUUUUCAAAAGUCAAAUUCACUUCCUCCUGAUCACAUGAUUUACUUCAUAUGACAGGUCAGAGUUAAAAUAAGUGUGUGUUUUAUUAUCAAUAUAAUGAUCUCUCUCUCUCUCUCUCUGUUUCAGUAAAGAGUCACCCUUUUGGCAGUGUCUUUGACGCCUCUUAUGUAAGUACAGAUCUACUUUAUCUGUGUGUGUGUGUGUGUGUGUGCGCGCGCGCUCGGAAGUACUAGGGAUGCACAGUAUAACUAACAUCAUAUUAAUAAAAGCAGUUCUGAAAACUUAAGCAGAUGUGAUUGUUGACCUAAAAGGUGAAUGAUGACAGCUCACACCUGUUGGCUGUAUAGAAGUAUUUUAAAGUAUUUCAAGGUAUUUUAAAUUAUUUUAAAGUGUGUUGAAGUAUUUGGAGGGGGGGGUGACGUACUGAGAACAGACAGCAGACUCAUCACUGAAGGUCCACAUUUCUCAUUGUUAAACCUCGUUGUCUUGUUGUCUCUCUGUUUCUUAGACACACUCAGAGCGUUUACCUGCACACUUUAAUCGGACUAAGAUCAUAAUUCGAAUCAGACUUCUCUCCUUGUCCAGAUUCUGGAUAUCCAGAUCCAGAAUGAAGUUCGGUCACCUUCAUACUUCACCUAAAAGCUGUGAGAUAUCAGUGUGUUAAUGCACCUCAUUAUGACGUUUCCUUUUACUCCCUCUGAGGGAGCGUCAGAGGAGGAAUAACCUCAUCCCACCAUCACCCUCAGUCAGUCCGUUUCCAUGACACUCGAGAAAACCGAAUUAUCGUCUUAUUCCGAUUAAGACCGGACAACUGAAGGUCAUGUAAACACUUUAGUCCGACUAUAAUCGGAGUUUGAGAACUCUGAUUAAGACACCCAGAUAAUGUGAUUGGAAUACGAUUUUCUCUACCAUGUAACCAGCGUAGUCGGAGUAUGAUCGGACAAUGCAUGUGCGCGUACGCCACGCCUCCAUAACCCCGGAACAAAAACACCAGAGAAGAGGAGUAGCGUGUGUCUCAUCGGUUGUAUGGGGUCGGAGACAGCGCCGCUGAAAAGACCCAUAUCGCCCCCUAUUUUUGGGGAGGAGGACACAUUCACGUCAAUAAUUCGAUUUUUUUCAGCUGCAUGUAUUUAUGAGCUUCGUCCGAUGAAACUGUGACUGUAAACGUAGUGAGUGUGUGGCUCUGCAGAGGAGCAGGAGCGUAAAUAUCCUGCUGUGAGAUGGUCUGUCUCUCUGUUUGUGUGUGAUCAUCAUCAUCAUCAUCAUCAUCAUCGUCAUUAGCAGAGAUAUUAUCACCAUCGGUGUAUUUACCUGAGUUUACCUGCUGUGUGCACUCAUCAGCUCAGCCCGACAUCACGUGGAAAUGUCAUCAGCAUGCUGGAGGAAAAGUUUGAGUUCACACAUGCAGCUGAGCAGGACAGUUUUCAGGUAGAAUUUCAGAGUAUUUAGAGCGAGUGUGGACGCACUGAGAGAGGUGAGGUGGAGGGACCAGACUGUGCUCCAUCAGAAACACAGGAGCUGUCAUGAUCAUCACUGCUGUGUGAGAGCCUCUGCACCACACUGCUAUACUCCACCCAAACACCAGGUGGCAGUGUGACCUUUGUGUUUGUUAUAUAACAGGUUUCCAGUCUGAGUGAUGAAUGUGGACCAGCAGCUGGUGUCACAGGUGUUCACAGGUACACUUUGUAAUGACUGUUUUCUCAACUCAGAACAAGACGGAGAAAGACCUGAUCCUGAACCUGCUGCUCAGUCUGCACGACCACCUGGCCCACAUCGCAGGUAAGCCACAUCCCUCUGACACUCACCUGUUAGCUCCUGUGGUCUGUCUGGACUCACCUGCGGUCAGUCUGGACUCACCUGCGGUCAGUCUGGACUCACCUGUGGUCAGGUGUUGAUGAGGUGUGUUGUUUGGUUGCAGGUCAGCAUGACUGUGGAGACGUUCAGCACCCUAACAGGAGUCUAACCCUGCAGCAGGUGUCUGAAUAUUUACAGGUAAGUUUAAAUCCUCUCACCUUUACACUGACGACUCACUGACAGGUGUGUGUUCACCUUCGUCUGAGCUCUGUGUGAAAGAGGAACAAGCUGAAGGUGAACAAACACAGGAACAAACUGCUGAUGUAUCUGUUUGUGUGUCUGUGUGUGUGUGUGUCUCACAGACUCAGAAUCAGCUGUUUAAAGGUUUCAUCGAAGUUUCUCUGGAGUGGAUCAUCAGGACUGGGCAGGAUGUGGGGAUCAGGUAAAACAUCACACCUGUUCAGUCUGUUGUCAGAGCUGUCAUGUGACCCUGGACUCACAAUUUGUGUGCGUGUGCGUGUGUGCAGACUGUCAGGUCAGACAGGUGAUGACCCGGUCACUGAUGUCUCUGAGAUCUCUGUCCUUGAGUCCACACAUCCCAAGAUGCCGUUCAGCUGCCGCUUCCGCAGAGCCUUCCUCACCGUCAUCAGCAGAGUCUUCCUCUUCACAGCCGGUAAGAUUAACAACAACAACAACAACAUAAACAACAAUAACAACAACAUAAACAACAAUAACAACAACAUAAACAACAAUAACAACAACAUAAACAACAAUAAUAACAACAAUGACCAAAAACAUGUCUAUAAAAUGUGGAUAAAAUCAGAAUUGUUUGCAAAGACAACAAUCAAAAAGUUAAAAUUCAAUAUUUUUUGUUGUUUGAAAAAAAUUGAGUUUCUUUUUUUCUUUUAAAAUGAUAUUUUCUUUUAUAUAUUAAAGAGUGCAAACAAGGUAAAAAGUUUUUGCUCAAUUUUUACACAAACAGAAGAGCUGGAAAAAUACAAAUCGUUUAAAUAAAUACGAUAAUAAAAUUAAAUUCAUCAUAGUAAUGACUGAAUGAGAGUACAAACUAAGGUAUAAUCAAAAUAAAGGGAAAAGAAAUACAGAACAAAAACAUACACAAAUAAUAAUGAUAAUAAUACAAUGUUGAGUCAAAAUAAUUACAUCAAUAGUGAAAAGAAAAAAAGCGUAUAUAAUAUGCAGUACAAUAGUGUACUUAAGAGGGUACAUACCCCCCCCCCCCCCCCAUCCACCCAUCCCAUGAGCUAGGUUUGGUUGACAAAGAAAAAAAAUAUAUAUAUAUGCAUAAAAAUAUACAUACAUAUCUACAAACACGCAUACAUACAUAUAUAAACAUCUGUUAAUAAUAAUAAAUUUAUUAAUUAUAUAAUAAAAAAUAAAAAUCACGGUAAAUUAUGUAAUAAGAGUAAUAAUAAAAACGGUAAUAAUAAUGAUAAUAAAACAAAAUAAAUAGAUCUGUAAGAUAAUAAUAAAUGGAAAAAAAAUUGAGACUAGUGCAAAGACAACAAACGAAAAGUUAAAUUCAAUUUUUUUUGUUGUCGUUUGAAAAACUUUGUGUUUCUAAAAAGUUAUCAGAGUUUAUGACCAAGACGGACGGUCAGAGAGGCUGAGUGUCUCAGAGGUUCACCACUCUGUGGGAGACUCUGAAUUACUUUUUAAAAACCUGACAUUGAAUUAGAAAAGAGAUUUUUCAUCAUCAUCGUCACAAAAACAUGUCGCUGUUUUAUUUUGUUUUAUCUGUGCAGACACAGACUGUAACACUAGAGGGCAUCAUAUCCACAAACGUGCACAUUCAAGUGUUCAUUAAACAUGAAUCCUAACAUUAUCGGUUUAAAGGCUGAGUUUAAACAUGUGUGUGUUUGUUUGUUUCUGUUUGUGUGUGUGUGUGUGUGUGUGUGUUUGUGUGUGUGUGUUUAGUGGUCGGCUGUGUAUGGAGCGUUGUGUGUUACAUGAAGUAUCGCUGGAGAAGAGAGGAGGAGGAGACCAGACAGAUGUACGACAUGGUGGACAGGAUCAUCGGUGAGACUGACACACACAAACACACAAACACAAACGCACACAGUGUGUAGUUUUUUGUUUAAAUCUAAGUUGUGUGUCUCUCUGUGUGUUCAGAUCUGUUGAGGAGUCACAAUGAUGCAUGUCAAGAGAACCAGGACCUGCAGCCCUACCUGCCCAUCCCCCACGUCAGAGACUCCCUGGUCUCACCUCAGGACAGGUACGCUCAGAUCACACACACACACACACACAGAUCUGAUUGGUCUCCUGUGUAUGUGUGUGAAAGUGUGUAUUUAUGCUCACCUGUGGAGGGUCAGGUGUUCUUACCUGUUCAGGUGGUCAGCUGAUAUUCUAUGAUGUCAUACAGGAAGAAGAUGAGGAAGGUGUGGGAGCGAGCGGAGAGCUACCUGUCGGCAGGUGAGUCCAGGAUCAGGACAGAGACCCAGAGGAUCGGGGGGGCGGACUACCUGGUGUGGAGGUGGAUCCAGCCGUCACUCACCUGUGACAAAACCUCCUCAGGACCCUCCAAAGUCUGGCAGGGCAAAGGUAGGUGACAUUACUCAGGCAGCAGAGCAUGAUGGGUAACGAGUCAGGUGGGCUGAUGAAGGUUGUCUCCUCCUCUUCCUCUUCAGCGUUCCCUCUGGACCGCAGGAACUCCCCCCCCAACAGCCUGACCCCGUGUCUGAAGAUCAGGAACAUGUUCGACCCCAUCAUGUGAGGCCCGCCCCUUUACUGUCACGGCGACAUCACUGUCUGUGAUGUCACUUCCAGUGUGUAACCUGUGUGUGUGUGUGUGUGGGUGUGUGUGUGUGUUUCAGGGAAGUCGGGGAGAACUGGGACUUGGCGAUCCAUGAGGCCAUCCUGGAGAAAUGCAGCGACAAUGACGGCAUCGUUCACAUCGCCGUCGACAAGAACUCCCGAGAGGUACGGUCCACGCCGCAGUGAGGUCACAGCGAGGUCACAGCUGUGUGUUCUGUAAUCAGAUGUUUGGGUACCACUCAGUUUUAUAAGAGUACACACGUGUCUGGAUCAAAUAUUGAUUAUACAUGAGACCUGUGACCAACAUGAACUGAGAUGUUCAAACUGAAGAGGCUGAAAUGAGGUUUUCAAAGAGACCAGGACUGAGUUUUAGAGUAAAUGAAGAGACGACAGAGCGAUCAGAGGGAGGACAGACUGAUCACACAGGGUUAAAAACACUCUGAGUAAACAGACUUUUUCACCCCCAACUUCCACCUUCAUCCUGAACGUCGACUAAAAGGUCAUAUCCUCCGAUCGUAGCUGAUCGUAACCGUUCAAGUUAACGUGUCAAUUUCCAAGAGUUCUAUUUUUUCUGGACGCCGGAGCAUGGCGGAUAAAUUCAGCACAGAUUAACCCGUGCUGGAAGUCGGGCACAGACACAAAAAUAACACAAAAUAAAACAUCCGGCUUCUUUUCAAAAUAAAACACUCAGGCGGAAAUGAACAAGUGAAAGGUUUUUAGACGUCAUUUCACCCCGAUGACACCAUGGAUGAGGAGAUGCUGAUUCUAGAAGUCUAGAAGUAGAUUUCCUCCUCUGGAAGGACACAAUCUACUGCUUAUAUGUCUAUGUGUCUGUCUUUAGAGAGACAACUCGUUAUCAUGAGAUUGAACGUGAAUCUGCAGGUUCUUAUGAGUUCUUGUGAUUACUCCUGUCUGUAAUCAGCCAUAAAAUUCGCCUCACAAACACAUCAGGUUGGAAUUGGUGGAUGGUGAAAAUCACUGCUGUUCUGGAUGAGGUGAAAAAUUGGGGGUUAUUCCUCAUAGAUCUCUGAGAAACUUGUUUUAUUUUGAAAAGCUACUUUGAGUUCCUCUUAGCAGAAACUCCUCAGCCAGGUGUGAUCGUACGUACGGGUGAGAGGAAACCGUGAUGAGAUCCAGUGACCUAAAGUGACCUGCUCUCUUCUUCAGUGAUGUUUGAUAUCAAAGUGACCCCCCCCCCCCCCCCCCCAGUUUCAAUUUUCAGCUUUAUUAGCAUGACUGUUAAUGUUACCAAAGCACUCUCACAACAAAAGCAAUUCAGCAAUAACAACAACAGUAAUGUUUUCCUCUCUCUCUAUCUCUCUCUCCUCAGGGCUGUGUAUAUGUGAAGUGUCUCUCUGCAGAGCAUUCUGGGAAAGCGUUCAAAGCUCUGCACGGCUCCUGGUUCGAUGGUGAGGCUCACACACUCACACUCUGUGUUCAUGUUGAACUCUCAGCAGGUCUGUGUUCAGUCAGUCUGUCUGUCUGCAGACUGAACACAGACCUAUAGGAGGUCCUUAUGUGUCAGUGCACUCACACCUGCACAGGUAGCUCUUCAGGUGGAGGGGCUUUGCUAUCAUGUUCAUGUUACAUUACCCGCACUACUUCCUAUAUAGACCGUGUAUAAGCUUAAACUUUACCUUUCACGUUGAUGGAAGAGGGUCCGACAGGAUUUGAUGCGCUGGUUGGUAAGUCAGACCAGGUCGAAAAUAAUGUUGUGUGUUGUUGUGCGAAUAGAAAUCAUUAGUGGCACAUUGAUACUAAUGAUCAUUUGAAAUUUCAGUCACGGCGUUCGUAAUUCAGCAGUGGUGGUGCGCCGCUGCUGCAGCUGAAUUUCGCGUGCGAAUGAAUGUCGCACGAAUAAGAGAAAAGGAAACACUGGGCGGACUCCGCAUUUAAAUCAUAGAGAAACAGUGUGGAGAGUCUGUGAACUGCAAAGGCUUUUAUUUUGAAAAGGUGAUCUGUUAACAUAAAGGGCUUUUAUUUUGAAAAGGUCUGUAAACAGGGCGUUUAAUUUGAAAAGAUGGUCUGCAAACUGUCUGCUUUUAUUUUGAAAAGUUGAUCUGUAAACAUUAAGUGCUUUUAUUUUGAAAAGUUGAUCAGUAAACAAAAAGGGCUUUUAUUUUGAAAAGUUGAUCAGUAGACAAAAAGGGCUUUUAUAUUGAAAAGUUGAUCUGUAAACAAAAAGGGCUUUUAUUUUGAAAAGGUGAUCUGUUAACAUAAAGGGCUUUUAUUUUGAAAAGUUGAUCAGUAAACAAAAAGGGCUUUUAUUUUGAAAAGUUGAUCAGUAAACAAAAAGGGCUUUUAUUUUGAAAAGUUUAUCAGUAAACAAAAAGGGCUUUUAUAUUGAAAAGUUGAUCAGUAAACAAAAAGGGCUUUUAUUUUGAAAAGUUGAUCAGUAAACAAAAAGGGCUUUUAUUUUGAAAAGUUGAUCAGUAAACAAAAAGGGCUUUUAUUUUGAAAAGUUGAUCAGUAAACAAAAAGGGCUUUUAUUUUGAAAAGUUGAUCUGUAAACAUAAAUGGGCUUUUAUUUUGACAGGUAAGCUGGUGACGGUGAAGUACCUGCGUCUGGACCGGUACCAUCAGCGCUUCCCUCAGACCCAGAACUGCAGCACCCCCCUGAAAGCCUCCAGCCGCCCCCUCAGCGCCCCGAGCAGCAACACAGGAAGCUUCCUCAAACACAGAGCCUCCUCUUCCUCCUCCUCCUCCUCCUCUUCAUGAUCCCGCCCCCUCCCCACAGUCUGCUGCUUCAUCACAGGAACACCCCCUCCCCCCCUUCAUGAGCUGCAUGUCGGUCUGUGUGAGCUCCGAUCUGCUCCUUUAAUUCUGAUUUAUUGAUUAUUUUUAUUUUCGUCGGGGAGGACGGACGCAGACAAGAGAAGCUUUAUGAUACACAGACACACACUUACACACACACACACACACACACACAGAGCGGAGGGCGAGUGUGUUCCUGUCAGGUAUAACUCGUAUAUAUUACACGUUUAUAUUGUUUUAUAUUAUUUUUCAUAUUUACCUCUCUGUCAUGUGGGCUGAUCUGUGGCCCCGCCCCCUCACUGAGGUGUGUGUGUGUACCUGGACGGACAGGUGUGUCUCAGACGGACUCUGGCUCCUGCAGACAGAGUCGUUGUUUUUUUAAUGCAGUGGAUGAAAGUUGGACUCAGUUGUUUUUUUUUUUUUUGCAGUGUGAAAAUGUACAAAGAUGCACAUUUCAAACUGCUGCUCCUCCUCCGCCCUGGUGGAGCAGAACACCCCGCCGUGCCUUACAGGAGUGCUGAUUUCAGUCUGGCACUGCGUCACUGGAACAGGAUGGAGAUGAUGAUGAUGAUGAUGAUGAUGAUGAUGGAGUUUAGAGGGCAGCUGAUGCCCCCUUAGAUCUAGUGGAGUAGGUGGAAAUCUUCAAUUUGGUAUUUUGUAGCAGUUUCCUUUGAUAUUAAACCAAAUGCUUCUCUCUAUUUAUUAUUCUUAUUUUUAUAAAUCAGCCCUGAUGAUGUCCGUUUAUGUCGGCCUGUUACGUUUCCCAUCAGAUGACCCAGUUUACAUCAGAACCAGAACACAGAACCUAGGAGAGAAAAUAAGUAAAGGGGACUGAGGUCAGUGCUGCUGCACGUCCAGCAGGGGGCAGCGUGAGAGGGAGGGUCUUUACUGCAGUGUUGGGUUCCUCCUGAAGUGUUGGGUCCCCUUUUUAUUGUUAGGUACCUACUGCAGAUAUAGGUCCCUUUUUUAGUGUUAGGUCCCUCCUGCAGCCUUGGGUCCCUCCUGCAGUGUUAUGCCCCUUUUUCAGCUUCAGUCCCUCCUGCAGUAUUAGCCCCCUCCUGCAGUGUUACGCCCCUUUUUCAGCGUUAGAUCCCCUCUGCAAUAUUAGGCCCCUCCUGAGAUGUUAGGUCCCUUUAUCAGUGUUUGGCCACUCCUGCAGUGUUAGGCACUUUCUUCAGCAUCAUGCCCUUCCUGCAGUCAUAGGUCCCUUAAUCAGCGUUAUGCCCGCCCAUGCAGUCUUGGACCCCUCCUGCAAUGUUAGGCCACUCCUCCUGCAGUUUUAGGCCCCUUCUGCAGCCUUGGGUCCCUCCUGCAGUGUUAUGCCCCUUUUUCAGCUUCAGUCCCUCCUGCAGUAUAAGCCCCCUCCUGCAGCAUUAGGGCCCUCCUGCAGUGUUACGCCCCUUUUUCAGCGUUAGAUCCCCUCUGCAAUAUUAGGCCCCUCCUGAGAUGUUAGGUCCCUUUUAUCAGUGUUUGGCCGCUCCUGCAGUCAUAGGUCCCUUAAUCAGCGUUAUGCCCGCCCAUGCAGUCCUGGACCCCUCCUGCAAUGUUAGGCUACUCCUCCUGCAGUGUUAGGCUACUCCUCCUGCAGUUUUAGGCCCAUUCUGCAGUCUUAGGUCCCUCCUGCAGUGUAAGGCCCCUCCUCCUGCAGUCUUAGGCCCCUCCUCCUGCAGUGUAAGGCCCCUCCUGUAGUAUUAGGCCCCUCCUCCUGCAGUUUCAGGCCCCUCAUGCAGUCUUAAGUCCCUCCUGCUCCUGCAGAGUUAGGCCCCUCCUCCUGCAGUCUUAGGUCCCUCCUGCUCCUGCAGAGUUAGGCCCCUCCUCCUGCAGUCUUAGACCCAUCCUUCUGCAUUUUUAGGCCCCUCCUGCAGUCUUAGACCCCUCCUUCUGCAUUUUUAAGCCCCUCCUCCUGCAGCAGCAGUGUCUCAGUCCCUCUGAAUGACCUCAGCUGGAUGUCGGUGUUGUUUCUUCGAUGUGACGGCUCUUCUCACUUUGUUUCAUGUCUUUAUUUUUUCGGGGAUGUAUUUUCUGUAAACACUGUACAUUACUGUAACUGUAUCAUGUUAUAUUUUAAGCAGCUUUAUUUUCAUGGCGUCGUUUGUUUGGAGUCCCUGUCCUGCAAGCCAGAGGGGGGAGGUGUACAAAACUACAGACAUUUAAAAAGAAGAAACAGAAGUUUUAAUGUAAUUUGUCAAUUGUACAAACUGCUCAAAUUAAAGGUUUAUUAGGAGUUUUUAAAACCCUCUGUUUCCUGUGGUUCGUUUUCAUCAAGGUGAGUAACUUUGAUCCUGUUGGAGAUGUUUCAGAUGUGUGCGCUGAAGUCAGUUUUUAGGCGUUUCUUUAGAGAUUAUGGGGUCAGUCCUGAAGCAUUUUUAAUGUGUAAACAUGAACUGUAUAUACUUUGUUCCGCCUUCCGCCAGUUUACGGAUUUGAAGCCAAAAAGCUCUCAGUAAUUUUGCGUUUUUUCUUCACUUCCUGAAACCAACAUUGCGCAGUAGCGUUGUGCGCAUUCGGCUGGAGAGUAGCUGUGAUGACGCUCGUAUUAAGUAUUUAUUUACUUAUUUAAUUAUUAGUAUUUUUUUCUAUUAUUAUUAUUAUUAUUGAUUUAUUUUUAUUCUUAUACAUAGCUCUGAGUCUGCAGAAGCUGAGAGUGUCCAGCAGGGGGCAGUGACGGUGAGCUCAGCCUGCAGUCAGACCACAGAGGAAGAGGAAAGGAGCAGCAGUCGGACCUUACUUGGAAACAUUCAGGGCUGCAGAUGAUCCGGUCCAUGUUUAGACCUGAUCCCAGAAAACUGACCACGAUCACCGGGACGGUCUGUGCGCUCCUGCUGCUGCUGCUCCCCGGUAAGACGAACAUAAAUACACACUUUCACACACAUUUAAGGGUAUUUAAAAAAGAGAGUUAAAUUAAACCGAUCUGAGGUUCUGACGGAGUUAAUGUUCGUGAGUUUUCUGAGGUCAACACAAAAACACACACAGACUCAUCAUUAGUGUGUUAAAAUCUGUGAUUUAAUGUUUUUAAUGAUCAGCUGACUGAUGGUGAAAUCAGCUGUUUAAUCAGCUGUGAGCCAACAUGGCGGACCAAGGAUCAGUUUCAGUCUGAGUUUAUCUUUUAAACAGUUUAAAACUCUAAAAUGUUUAAAAGUUUUUAGACUGUUUAAUUAUUUUAAUGAUGUUUUAAACUCAAAGAUGCUCAUUAACAUGUUUUUAAAUAUUAACCUGUAAACAUGUAAAACAUUCACACCUGAAACUGUAAACACCACAGCAGCACCGCCCCCUGCUGGUUCACUGAGGAACUACAGCCUCACAUCCACACACUCAACAGAGCAGAGAAACAGUGUGUGUGUGUGUGUGUGUGUGUGUCAGUGUGACUGUGCGUGUCUGUGUGUGUAAUGUCCUUCCUCUUCAGACGGGGGGCGCUCUUCCUCUCUCUGCGUCACGCUCUCGGAGGCAGCGGCUCGUCUCUCUCUGCUCAGCCUGCUUUUGUCAUAGGUAGGGUCACGUGACACACCUCAGUCCACCUGUAAAGGGGGGCGUUUACACCUGGUCCUCAGGUUGAUCCAGAGAUCACCUGUGACCCGCUCUCACCUACCUGUCCUCGGUCCGAUGAGCUCAGUGGUUGUCAUGGAGACGCAGUAAUGUUAGACGCUCUCUAAAAUGGAGUGAUGAGUGAACGGUCCUCUCUUUUUUUCAUUUACUUAUUUUUUUCAAACAGGCGACACAAGAAAGUUUCUGAAAACAAACAAACAAAAGCAGUGAGAAUAUUCAAAUAAAAAUAAAAUAAAAAUAAAAAAUACUUAUAAUAAUAAUGUGAGCCCAACAUGUCCAAAAAGGAGAAGGAUGAAACAUUACGCCUUUUUUCAAACCUACUCCUCCUCCUCCACUCAAUAAUAAUAUCAGUCAGUCUCCAGAAUAUUUACAUUAUAUUAACAAAAAAAGAACAUAAAUAGAGUAAAUAAAUACAUUAAACAUUUAUGAAAACACCUGACAGUUCAAGUCCUUCUUCCUCCGUGUUCCUGGUGAGAAACCAUGUUCUUGUUCCGCUUCUUAAACCGGGUCACUCUUGGACAACGCCUGAGCUCCACACCUGAUCUGAUCCCCAACCUUACUCCACAAACAGAAACACAAAAACGUUUUAAUAUUGUACGUGUCCCACUGAUGCUUUAAGUUAAAGUCCCCCUCAGAUGAUAACCCCCAGCUCUGUUCAAAAACAGUUUUUGGAUGUUUCCAGGCAGUAGACUGUUUAUUUCUUUGUAAAUGAUUUGUGCUGUUUGAAAGAGAACCAGGUCAGUGAAUUUUAAUGUUUUCGAUUUUAAGAAGAGUGAAUUUGUCUGAUCUCUAUCAUGAAUUAUUCUCAUGUCUCUUUUCUGCAGUAUAGAUAGUGAUUGUAUUCUACAUUUGUAAGUAUUCUCCCAAACUUCUGCACAGUCGUGUAAAUAUGGUCAAAUCAGUGAACAGGAGAGAAUAUGGAGUUUUGAUUUGUGGUCCAGAAUGUGUUUUUGUUUUGCUCAGGGCUGAAAUGCUUCUUGACACUUUAUUUUGUACAUGUUUUACAUUAGGGCCCGACCGAUUUAUCGGCGAAAACGCUUUUCUGGUCCGAGUUUGAUCAGUCGGUCUUCCUGUCGGCGUUAAGAGCAGUAGCCUACAGUAUAUCUACAGUAUAAAUAUAUUUUAUAACUUAAUAAAAUUUUUUUUUAAAUUGUCUGAUUAAACGGUCAUCAGAUUUUUUUUCCCCUCUAAUAAUCGGUAUCCGCAUCAGCCCCCAAAAAAUCAGUCGGGCCCUAAUUUAUAUGAGACUUCCCGUUUAUUCGAUCAUCAGUUAUCAAGAAACUUGUUUUCAUAAACUACCUUCAUUCUGAGCACUCCUUCACCUUCGGGUUCACGCACACCUGUCAAACAUGAACACAUUAAAAUUUUAGUGAGUCAGCAUUCUGCGAGCUUUACUGACCUUUGACCCCAACAGGUACACCUGCUUCACACCUGUGCUGAAAGAGGCCCCUAAUUCUCUUAUAAACACCUGACUGUGUGUGUGUGUGUGUGUGUUUGUGUGUGUGUGUGUGUGUGUGUGUGUGUGUGUGUGUGUGAGAGGGGGUGAUGAGUCAAAAAAGAAGAGACACACACAUAUACUCACACUCACACACACACACACACACACACAGUUGUAUCCCCUCCCCCGCCCCUUCAGCUCCUUAACCUCUGACCUCUCUGUAUUUUGUUUUUUUACUUCCCUCCCCGUCUCUCUGCGGUCUCUCCUCCUCUUGCUGUUUGGUUCUGGACCUGGCCCGCUCUGGUUCUGGUUCUGGUCCCGGCUGUAGUCCUGUGAGGUUCUGUUCUCCGGCCGACAUGUCGGGUUUCAAUCUGCUGCAUCUCGUAACCAAAGGCCAACCUGUAGCUCUGAAGGCGUGCAGCCUGCCCUCAGGUCACAUGACCUCCUGACUGACUGGCUGUGUGCUGGCUCUUUGCUCACCUGUACCUCACCUGCCGCUCUCUAACACCUGCUGCUGUCUAACACCUGCUGACAGCAUGUGUGUGUGUUUGCUCUGGUUUAACGCCACCCUUUGCUGUGAGACUCUUUUAACCUGAUUUUACCUGUUUUUAGCUGAUUUUACCUGAUUUUACCUGUUUUUACCUGAUUUUUUUUCAUCCUGCUCUCAGGGAGCGGACGUGUCAGACAUGUUCAAGCCUAUAGAGCUUCAAACUGAGCUGACCUCUGACCUCUGACCUCAGGGCUGUGAGGGUUUGUUGUUCUUUUCUGAAAUAUCUUUUGUGUUUCGUUAGUUUAGAGUCAGACGAAGUUAAAGCUUCAGAUUUAAAACCUUUCUGCAGUUUUUUAAGUAAACUUUACUGCCAGAGUAAAAACAGAAUCAGAAAUACUUUAAUUAUCCUCAGGGGGGAAAAUUUCUUUUUGUCAUAGAAACUCCAGUGCAAAAAAAGUAGAAAGAGGAGAUAGAUAUUGGAUAAAAUAAGUAAAAUAAAUAAAAAUAAAGACAUAAAUAGAUAAAUAAGUAAAAAUAAAGAGAUAACUAAAUAAAAUAAAUAAAACAAAAUAGAUAAAAUAAGUUAAAAUGAGUAAUGAUAAAGAGAAACUAAAUAAAAUAAAUUAAAAUAAAUAGAUACAAUAAGUUAAAACAGGUAAAAAUAAAGAGAUAAAUAGAUAAAAUAAAUAAAAUGAAUAGAUAAAAUAAAUAAAAAUAAAUAGUUAAAAUAAGUUGAGAUAAAUAUAUAAAAUAAAUGAAAAUAAAUAGUUAAAUUAAGUAGAAAUAAACAGAUAAAUAUAUAAAAUAAAUAAAAAUAAAUAGAUAAAAUAAAUAAAAAUACACAGUUAAAAUAAGUUAAAAUAAAGAGAUAAAUAGAUAAGAUAUAAAAAUUAGUAAAAAGUGAAGUGAUAAUAUACAGGCAUGUACACUAUAUACCACACAAAAUAGUAAAAAAAUAAAAGUAAAAAAAAAACAGACCCCCCAGUUCAGACCUGACCAUAACCAGUCCCAGUUAAGAACAGGUGUUUUAAGAUGCUAACCCUAAUAUCCAGGUGAUCCAGGUGAGCUGCAGCUCCUCACCUGCUCAGCUCUCAGAUAGACUGACUCACUGCCUGUUUCUGCUUCCUGCAUGCUCUCUCACUGCUUCAGUUUUAGAUUUUAUUUAACAUGAAAAUAGGGAAUAAUCUGAACAGAUUAUCUUUAAUUUGGACCGACAGAGCGAUUAAAAUAAUUUCUCAGAAAAACAAACAAACGAUUAAAAAAAACGAAACUAAAAAUUAAACAUGAAUUCAUCAUCUGGAAACAAAGUUUACAAUUUCGACUGCAGCCCUGACCCACUUCAUCUAACGACAAAUAACCGAGGUACACAGAGGAACCUGAAGGCAUCGUGCACACACACACACACUGUAUUAUCCAUGUUAGGAGAUGGACCGUAGUGUUAGUGACCAGUAUGGUUGAAUAAACCGUGAUCGUAGCGCCUCACCGCUGACCUUUAGUGAGUUUGUUUUCCUUUCUUCAGACUAAAAUCACUGAGUGUGCUUCAUUUUGAUUUUUGCCGAGUUUGUAUUUUUCUGAGUUUCUAAAACAAACGGCUGAACUGAAGCUCCGCCUCCAUCCCCUCCCCCCCUCCAGGUGCUCGGAGGUGUAAGAAAACAUGGCCAGUGAGUUUCUCCAAGGAGGAGCUGACGCAGCGCCUGACGCCGAUGCAGUACCAUGUGACCCAGGAGAGAGGCACUGAGAGGUGAGAACGCCCGUUACCACAUAAAUGAGCUCCUUCUCCUCCGGUUCAUACCUGACACUCUAACUGAUGAACACAUGAUGUUCACAGCGCCUUCACAGGUGACCUCACCGACCACAAAGACGAGGGGACCUACACCUGUGUGGUGUGUGGAGCUCCUCUGUUCAGGUGAGAUCACGUCACAGAUAAUGUCGUAAAGACACGACGACAGGUUCACUGAUGAUGUUUGUGUUUCCUGUUCCAGCUCAAACAGCAAGUUUGACUCUGGGUCAGGUGAGAUGUUUUUAUUUUGUAAACCGUUGGACACCAGUAAGAGGUGACCUGAUAAUGCUGCUAAAGGUCAGAGGUUAAAUGAAGUGACUUGGGUGUUUCCUGCGAGGACUACGAACUCCUGAGCAGAAUUUGAACACCUGCAGCUGUCACUGUUUUUAACGUCAGGCCGUCAUGUGUUCAGGUUGGCCGUCCUUCUUCGACCUCCUGAAGGAAGAGUCCGUGUCGACGUCAGACGAUUUCUCCUACGGCAUGCACCGAGUCGAGACCACCUGCAGCCAGGUAACCAACAAAUCCACCUUAAAACAUUAGGUAGAAACUACACCGCACCUGCAGCCAGAUAACCAACAAAUCCACCUUAAAACAUGAUCACACGGUCCAGCUCCAUAAACCCAAAUUUCCAUCGUAUCCAGAACGUCUACAAAAAGGUCGUAUCCUCCAAUCAUAGCUGAUCGUAACCAUUCAAGGUAACAUGUCAAUUUCCUCCGGCCAGAUCUUCGUUGAGAGGACAACUGUUGUCCUCUCCAAAAGAGUGUUACCCCCAAUAUGGCGUCCAUUCGGUGCCAAAUAUCCACACGCAUCAAAAACAUAUCAGCGCGCAUAAAAACACCUACCUCCGCGCUCGCCGUCACUAUCUGCGCGUUCGCAGCGUCUGUACACACACGCGCUGUCUCUCUCAGGGCCCUCUGCGCGCUCGACUCAGUUGACUUUUGGCACUCCGGGGGCGGGCCACUCUGCACCUCCCCUCCACUCUGAUUGGUCACUUAGAACCGAUUGACGCCAGGUCAGAGCCAAUCGGAUGCAGAGUAGUAAUGUAAACCCUCAGCACUGCCUCUUCUGUCACAAUACCAGUCUUUGCAGACAGACAGACAAACAGAUAGAUAGAUAGAUAGAUUGACACACACAAUUGACCAAUCAGAGUGGAGGGGAGGUGCAGAGUGGCCCACCCCUGGAGUGCCAAAAUUCAACCGAGUCCAGUGCGCAGAGGGCCCUGAGAGAGAAAGUGCGCGUGUGUACAGACACUGCGAGCGCGCAGACAGUGACGGCGAGCGCGGAGGUAGUUGUUUUUAUGCUCGCUAUGUUUUUUUAUGCGCGUGGAUUUUUGGCACCGAAUUGACGCCAUACUCCAAUCUCCACCUUCAUCCUGAUCGUCUCCUAAAAGGUCGUAUCCUCCGAUCGUAGCUGAUCGUAACCAUUCAAGUUAACGUGUCAAUUUACACCGACUUCUUUCCGUUCCUCUGAGGAUCGCCGGACUCCUCAGCUGAUCACAAGAGUUCGAUUUUUUCUGGACGCUGGAGCAUGGCGGAUAAAUUCAGCACAGAUUAACCCGUGCUGGAAAGGAAGUCGGGCACAGACACAAAAUAAAACAUCCGGCUUCUUUUCAGAAUAAAACACUCCGUGUUUCAGGAGGAUCGUAUUUCACACCAUGCAAACGGGCGGAGACGAACAAGUGAAAGGUUUUUAGACGUCAUUUCACCCCGAUGACACCAUGGAUGAGGAGAUGCUGAUUCUAGAAGUCUAGAAGUAGAUUUCCUCCUCUGGAAGGACACAAUCUACUGCUUAUAUGUCUAUGUGUCUGUCUUUAGAGAGACAACUUGUUAUCACGUGAUUGAACGUAAAUGGGGGACAGUUCAGGACUCUCCUCCUACAGAGCCAUGCUGUUGUCAGAAUGUGGUUCUGGACCAUCUGAAGGUCUUCCCUGAAAAAGUCUUUGUCUGGAUGGACGCAGAUGUUGGUCCUAAACUUGGAGAUAUUUUUCAGCAUGAAUUGAGCCUUUAUAACUUUUACAAACUUUCACAAUCAUCAGAUUUAACAUGUUUCAGUUUCUACAUGUUGUUUUGAAAUUAAUACAGACUUGAAAUCAUUUUCAAACCUUCAAAUUCUGCUUCCAUUGACAUUUGAAAAGACGUCUAAGGAAAUGGAGUCUGCAGCCUUAAACACUCUCUCUCUCUCUCUCUCUCUCUCUCUCUUUCUCUCUAUCUCUCUCUCUCUCUCUCUCUCGUUCAGUGUGGAGCUCACCUGGGUCACCUGUUUGACGAUGGACCUCGGCCAACAGGAAAACGUUACUGCAUAAACUCCGCCUCCCUGGCCUUCCAGCCUAAAGACAGCCCUCCCCCUUCCUCCGGGACAGAGGGCGGAGCUUCCAACAAAGAAGAAAGUGACAAAAAGAGUGAGCUCUGA